CGCAGAGAGAGCGAGCCGCAGAGAAUUCAAAUUUGCAGGGCCUCGCCGGCGAUCGCCACGGCCGCCGCCGCCUCGCUCGCGGCCAUGAAGCUUAAGAUCAACAAGGCGUGCGACCUCGGCUCCAUCUCCAUCCUCCCUCCCCGUAGGACCGGAGGGAGCGGCGGCACCGGCGGGGUGGGCGCUUCGGGUUCCUCCGCCGCGGCCCUGUCGGGGUCGCAGCAGCAGCGCUCACAGCCGCUGUCCCAGCAGUCCUUCUCACAGUCGCAGCUCUCGCAGGGCUCCCUCGACGAGAACCUCCUCAGCCUCCACCUCGCUUCGCCCGCGCACGAUCAGAGAUUCGGGUUACAUGAUGACUCAUCAAAGAAAACGCCUUCCUUGCCUGUCAACUCGGCUUCUUGUGUGCGAGAAGAAACUCAGCUACAACUGGCAAAAAUACCAAGCAACGCUGUCCAUCGGUGGAACCCUUCUCCUCCCGACAGUAGAUGUCAGAUUCCCAAUGAAGAUGUUGAGCGCAAAUUUCAGCAUCUGGCAAGUUCGGUGCAUAAGAUGGGGAUGGUACUGGAUUCAGUGCAAAAUGAUGUUAUGCAGUUAAACAGAGCCAUGAAGGAAGCGUCACUAGACUCUGGCAGCAUACAGCAGAAGGUUGUUGUCCUGGACAAUUCACUGCAGAAAAUUCUUAAGGGACAAGAUGAUCUCAAAGCACUUGUUGAGAGCAGCAUCAAAAGCAUUGCUGAUCAGCUGAGUGUUCUGAACUCCCACUCCAGCAAACUGGACGAGAUAUCCUCGAUCCUUUCAGUCUGGCCGAAACAAAUAGAGAUAGAUUUAAGGCAACUUCAGAGUGACAUCUUCAGAAUUUUUACAAAAGAGAUGGAGGGGAUUGUUAGAGCUAUCAGAUCUCUCAACAGUAGGCCUGCUGCAAUCCAAAUACCAACAGACCAGAUCUGCACGACCAACACAAGGCCACUGAUGCACCAACUACCCAUAGCAAAUGAAAGACCCCAGGUGAACCAAACACCAGUAGCAAAUGGAAGACACCUGGUGAGCCAAACACCAGCAGCAAAUGGGAAAAUUCUGAUGAACCAAACAUCAGCAGGAGAUGAAAGAUCCCUGAUGAGUCAAGUACCAGCAGCAAACGGAAAAUCUUUGAUGAGCCAAAUACCAGCACCAAAUGGAAGACCUAUGAUGAGCCAGAGACCAGGAGCAAACGGAAAGUCCCAGAUGAACCAAAUACAUACCGCAAGUGGAAAGCCCCGUACAAACAAAAUGCCAGCACCAGAAGUGCAUCCUGCAUCUUUGGCUUGCCCUGCAAAGAUGGCAUAUCCGCAUCUGAAGGUAGAAGAAGAGGGAAAGAUGAAAGUGCUUCCUCAAAAGUUGACUGGUUCUAGAAGAAUGGUGGCACUGACACCUAAACAGGAAGAGGAGGUGGCAAGUACCAAGGUCACCGGGACUGCGGCAGCUAAGAAGGCAGCAGCGGCCAUGAUAAUCAUUGACUCUGAUGAUGACAGCGAAGGUCGUGGCUCCUGCGUGAUUCUCAAGUCCUCAGGAUCAGGUGACAAGGAGUGCCACCUGAUGAAGGAAGCCACGGAAGAGAGCCAGCAGAUUCUGCGGAGGGCCAGGAAGCGGCGGAGGAGAGAAAUGCAGGCCAUUGUGCCUGCCGCCUAAUUAAUAAGGUAAUGGAAUCCAAUCAAUCUAGAGAUAUGAUACGACGAUGCAACGGGCUAGCUAGCUAGCUAGCAGUGUCGUCGUUUCAUUCACCUAGCAGUAGAUAGUACAAGUUAAGAUAGGCCAUAUAUAUAUGUAUGUAGGAAAGCAGGCAGAGUAUAUGUGUUAAUUCUUGAGGUGGUGUGACCGUGUGAUCCUCCGAUUCUUUCCCUUGCUCUUGAUUGAUUCAACAAGUAAGUACUUAUAGUAUUAAUUACCUUUGUGCUGUGCGGUUAA